AUGGAAGACCAUGUACCUCACCUAUUGGCGGAGCCAAUGCAUACCGUAGAGAUCUCUCUAGGAAAAUAUUAUCUGUGGACAGGCGAAGUUCCAGCCUGGCCAGUAAUAGUAUCAACUUCGGAGAAGAUGACUGGCGAACAACAAAGACCAGAGCAUGACUCAAUUGCAGUCUUGCGGCUAGCCAAGAGGAACAUACAAAGAAUAUGGGUGAAGCCAAGAGACUUGAGCCCCUACGACUAUCCACCUGUGCAAAAGCUCUUGGAGAAUGCUCAUGCACACAAUAUGGUACAGACGACCAACGGUGGUUAUCCUGAUUUGAAGUACUGGGAAGCGGUGAUGGCUAUAAAAGAGCCAGCCGAGGACGACUGCAUGAUUGUUGAGGUCAGAAAGCUGGAACCGGAUCACCCUCAGUCAGUGGCCAAGGACGGGGUUAGGUUCAAUAGUAAUGAGUCGUUGCCAUGUCCCACACGAUUCUCAAAGGCCGUGACGACCACUGAUCUGACUUCCCGUUUCGGUCUACGAGCAUCAGUUGAACUGCCGAAGGCUCUGACUUGUGGUGAUGCUAAGCGGAAAAGUAAGGUCGAAAUGUCAGCCCCAGUAGCAAAGAAGACCUGUAAGGACGUUUUCGAUGUUGGAGCAAAGUCUGACCACCAUUUGAACGCUCUCAUUAGAGUUCCUCUAGAGCAUGGCCAAAUGACAAUCUAUGACCCAAGGGUGGCGUUACCUUCUGAAGCUCACUCUAGGCUCACCGAUUCCCAGAACCAAGCUAGGAUCGCAUACGAUGAUAUUGAAGAGCUGUCGUCGGUCGAAGUAAGUAGCGACGAAACCGAGAAUGAGGAGGAUGAGGAAGACCGCCCGGUCAGCCAGUCUCCUCCGCCGAACGUCAGUGAUCCUUUCACACAGGCGAAGAUUGCAGCCAAAUGGAGACGAGUACUCAACAAUCGAAAAGUAACUUUGAUGAUCGGUGGCGGUCUGACGUCCAGUGGUCAGCAAGUCCCAAGUAAGGACUUCGUGUUUGAUGCCAAAGUAGUUGAAUCAUGGGGUCUCAGUAAUACCAAAACGAAGGACCCAGAACGAGGUUAUGUCAUCAAGUCCGCAACUUGGAGUGCCAUUGACCCAAGACACUUUUCUCUCAUUCACGAUAUCGUCACAGAGGGGGACUUUGCACCUCAUCUAGUCGACUGGAAGACCCAGACACUCUGCCCGAAGGCAGCGCUCUCCGACAAAGAAAAGCGACUUGCUCUUACUGAGUGCACGUAUGUCUGGAGAAUUGCGUCGCAUAGAGCAUUAGCCAAUAUUAUGGAGCAUGUGAAACUAAAAAUUGAGGCACUGCGACCGAUCCCAUACGCCACUCUCGCUCGAUCAUUGGGAACAUUCUUCAAAGACCCAUUGCACGAUCAAUCGAUGGAGGCGGACAAGGGAAUGCGAAAGGUACUAGAGGGGUGCCUAGAAGAAGUCGUCGAUGAGAUCAAGGCGGACAUGCCACUUCUCGCACACAUACGCGAUAAGAAGCGGUGCUCGGAUUCAUUGAGCAAGCUUCUUAGCCACGUGUUGGAUAAGACAGGUACCGAUAGCUCGAAUUGA